GGCAGCGGCGGCGACCUUAAGCGCCUCGGCCGAUUGGAGGAGGACGGCGCGGUGCAGCGGGACCCCGAGCAGCAGGCCGGAGCGGGAGAGAGGGACGCGGGCGCCGUCGCCGGACGUCGGUUCCGGACUCGGCGCUCCACAAAGAGGGGGGCCGCCCCCCUCAGGCGGUGCGGAGGGCCGAGGCUCCAUGUUGGGAAGCGGCGCCGUUCGCUGUGGUUGAGCGGGAAUCGGGGCGCUGUGGGCUGAACCGGCGGGGGGCCGGGCCCGGAGCGAAGAUGGAGGCCCCGCUGCGGCCUGCCGCGGACAUCCUGAGGCGGAACCCGCAGCAGGACUACGAGCUGGUGCAGAGGGUCGGCAGCGGCACUUACGGCGACGUGUACAAGGCCAGAAAUGUCCAUACAGGAGAGUUAGCUGCGAUAAAAAUCAUCAAGUUGGAACCUGGUGAUGAUUUUUCUUUGAUUCAGCAAGAAAUAUUUAUGGUUAAAGAAUGUAAGCAUUGCAACAUUGUUGCCUACUUUGGGAGCUAUCUCAGUCGGGAAAAGCUGUGGAUUUGUAUGGAAUACUGUGGUGGUGGAUCACUUCAAGAUAUUUACCAUGUUACUGGACCCUUAUCAGAAUUGCAAAUAGCCUAUGUGUGCAGAGAAACCUUACAGGGUCUUGCCUAUUUGCAUACUAAGGGUAAAAUGCAUAGAGAUAUCAAAGGUGCAAAUAUUUUAUUGACAGACCAUGGUGAUGUAAAAUUAGCGGAUUUUGGUGUGGCUGCAAAAAUAACAGCUACCAUUGCAAAGAGAAAAUCUUUCAUUGGCACUCCUUAUUGGAUGGCCCCAGAAGUUGCAGCAGUGGAGAAGAAUGGUGGCUACAACCAACUCUGUGAUAUCUGGGCAGUAGGAAUAACAGCAAUUGAACUUGGGGAGCUUCAACCACCAAUGUUUGAUCUUCAUCCAAUGAGGGCUCUCUUCUUAAUGUCAAAAAGUAAUUUUCAGCCUCCAAAACUAAAGGACAAAACAAAAUGGUCAUCAACAUUCCAUAAUUUUGUCAAAAUAGCACUAACUAAAAACCCCAAAAAAAGACCAACUGCGGAAAGACUGCUGACUCAUACUUUUGUUGGGCAGCCAGGACUCUCAAGGGCCCUGGCUGUUGAACUGCUGGAUAAAGUGAACAAUCCAGACAACCAUGCACAUUACACUGAAGGAGAUGAUGAUGACUUUGAGCCCCAUGCAAUCAUUCGUCAUACCAUUAGAUCUACAAACAGAAAUGCCAGAGCUGAACGGACAGCUUCAGAAAUAAAUUUUGAUAGAUUACAAUUUGAACCUCCCCUAAGGAAAGAAACUGAAGCACGGGAUGAAAUGGGAAUAUCAUCAGAUUCAAACUUUAUAUUACAGUGGAAUCCUUUUGUUGAUGGUUCAAAUACUGGCAAAUCAACCUCAAAACGUGCAAUACCACCUCCCCUACCUCCUAAGCCAAGAAUAAAUAGCUACCCUGAGGACAACUUCCCAGAUGAAGAAAAAUCAUCAACUGUAAAACGUUGCCCUGAUUCAGAGAACAGAGCUCCUCAGGUUCUCAGAAGACAGAGUAGCCCAAGUUGUGGUCCUGUAGCAGAUACAUCCUCUAUGGGAAAUGGUGAUGGUAUUUCAAAACUGAUUAGUGAAAAUACAGAAGGAUCAGCACAGGUGCCACAGUUACCAAGAAAAAAAGACAAGAGAGACUUCCCUAAACCAGCUAUUAAUGGUCUUCCACCCACCCCAAAAGUACUGAUGGGAGCAUGUUUUUCAAAAGUUUUUGAUGGCUGCCCUUUGAAAAUUAAUUGUGCAACAUCUUGGAUACAUCCUGAUACAAAAGAUCAGUACAUUAUUUUUGGAACUGAAGAUGGUAUUUACACAUUGAAUCUCAAUGAGCUACAUGAAGCAACUAUGGAACAGCUAUUCCCACGGAAGUGUACUUGGCUAUAUGUUAUCAAUAAUACUUUAAUGUCAUUAUCAGAAGGAAAAACUUUUCAACUCUACUCUCAUAAUCUUAUUGCUUUGUUUGAACAAGCCAAAAAGCCAGGCCUUGCUGCCCAUAUUCAAACUCAUAGGUUUCCAGACCGCAUAUUGCCAAGAAAGUUCGCUUUAACAACAAAGAUUCCUGAUACGAAAGGCUGCCACAAAUGUUGUAUAGUCAGAAACCCUUACACAGGUCACAAAUACCUCUGUGGAGCUUUACAGUCUGGAAUUGUUCUACUGCAAUGGUAUGAGCCAAUGCAGAAAUUCAUGUUGAUAAAGCACUUUGAUUUUCCUUUACCAAGUCCUUUGAACGUUUUUGAAAUGUUGGUGAUACCAGAACAGGAAUACCCCAUGGUCUGUGUAGCUAUUAGUAAAGGAACUGAAGUGAAUCAAGUAGUUCAGUUUGAGACAAUCAAUUUGAAUUCUGCAUCUUCAUGGUUUACAGAAAUUGGUGCAGGUAGCCAACAAUUAGAUUCUAUUCAUGUAACACAGUUGGAGAGAGAUACUGUUUUAGUGUGUUUAGACAAAUUUGUAAAAAUUGUAAAUCUACAAGGAAAACUAAAAUCAAGUAAGAAACUGGCCUCUGAGCUAAGUUUUGAUUUUCGCAUUGAAUCUGUAGUAUGCCUUCAAGACAGCGUGUUAGCUUUUUGGAAACAUGGGAUGCAGGGUAAGAGCUUCAAGUCAGAUGAGGUUACCCAAGAGAUUUCAGAUGAAACAAGAGUUUUUCGCUUAUUGGGAUCAGACAGGGUUGUCGUUUUGGAAAGUAGGCCAACAGAAAAUCCUACUGCACACAGCAAUCUCUACAUCCUGGCUGGACAUGAAAAUAGUUACUAAGCAACAAAAACCAAUCUUAAGUGACAGGAAAAUGAAUCUGUUCCACUGAAAGCAAAAAUGUUUCAAGGAAAUUCAUUAGAUGGCAGUAUGAUUUGCUUUAACUGUUAUGGGUUAUAUCUCAGAUGAUCUGUACAUUAGGGUAGAAUUCAAUAUUUUCUGUAGCUGGAAACAGCUAGUCUAUCUCUUGCCACUGUGUGGUGGUUAUAUCAAGUUUGCUUAAUAAAAGCUAUGAGACGAAUAGUCCUCUAGUUCCAGGAAACAGUCUUUUUUUAAAGAAAUUAAUAAUGUUUGUAACAAGGGUGCCAUGGUAUUUUUAAAUAACUCAUGUGAUUAUCUGGAAAGAUUUAGUGACCAUUCUAUCAUUUUAUACCAUGCCUUAUUCCUUCUUAAUGAACACAUGGAUAUAGAAAUGAUUUGACAAGCCUUUCACUGUCCCUUGGCCAUUCUGUAUGUUUGUGUAAAAUAGAAUAUUUAAUCCUUAUUUAUUAAUCUCUUGCUGGAGUGGUGUGAUAUAUCUAACUUUUAGAAAAGAAAGGUUGCAGAGCAGCUUAAAGUUUUUAUAAUGUAUAAAAUUUUUCUUUAUCUUUUCAGACUAGUGCUUUAGGAGUUAGAGACAGUCUGUGUAAGAAUUCAACACAUAGGCAAUUUUCAUUUAACAAAGUAUUUUAUAGUACAGUUUCAUGCAAGAUUGCCUUAAAGGAGAGUUUUGUAUUUUCAGUUACAAAUAGUUGUAAAGGUCAUGCAAAAACUAUUAAUGAUGGUUGAAAUAUUCUUAGAAAGGUCUGAGUAUGUCUAAGUAUGGUAUGACUACCAUGUGUAUGUAUUCUUGACAAGCAGUAUAAUGGACCUGUGACUUUUUUUUGCAUUGGGGAUAAUGCAUAAGAAAUAAUCUUCAUAUAUAUUAUCAUCCCUAAUAUAGAGGAGAAAAGUAUUUAACUGCCCUUAUAAUGUAUUUUACUUAUACUAUGCCAGAGGGGAACUGUAAAGCAAUUAUACUUGUAAUCUUGGGGUUUUCAUAUAUGUGAGAGUAUUCAUUUUGAAUAGGUUUAAGGGAGGGAAAAGACUUUAAGUGGAAUCUCCUGAUGGGAUAGUAUAAAUAAGUAUUGUUGAAACCAGUAUUCCAAAAAUAAGAAAGCAUAGGGCCAUUUUUUUCAGUUUCUUUUGCUAUUGUGAGUAUUCAAAAAGUGUUAUGGUACCUUUUGUUGUCUUAAUGCAUUUAUUAAGAACAAUUAGCAUUGAGAUGACAAACAGCAGCAAAACUGUAAUUCUCCCUAGCUCCUCGGGAGGAAAGCAGUGUAGCUAUCUCAUCCAUCCUUUAGCAAUUCUGUAAAAUAAGUAUUAUUGUCCCCAUGUUUCAGACAAGGAAGUAAGGGUUUUAAUGAGGUUAGUGACUUGCCCAAUUCAUACAGGUUAGUGAUUGAGCCAGACCAUGAGUCUUCUGACUCUGUUCUUUUCCUAUGCAAUAUGCAAACAAUAAAACAUUAUACAA